GUGUAAGAAAUGUAAUCGGAGCUGAAAUGGACCCGCCCCAACACUGGGUUAAAACCAGACCCGUCAAUAAGAAGAGAGGCUUUUAAGUGUUGGAAGCGGAAAAGGAUAAGGGGGGGCGGAGGAAGUUCAUCGCCGGCGACGGAAUUGAAGAAGAAGAAGAUGGGUCAUGCAUGCGUCUCGACAUCGUCGGCUUCUUCUCUGAGGAUUACAGCUGGAUUCGUCUCCAAUGGCUCUUCCUCUUUCGAUUCUCAGAAGCUUUCCCUCCCUCUUCCUUCAAGAAAGACGAACAAGUUAGUUAGCGAGAGAAAGAACUGGAAGAGGUCAUCAUCAUCAUCAUCAUCAUCAUCAUCAUCAUCAUCAUCAUCAUCAUCAACUCGGAAGGCUGUAUACUCCGACGGCAAUCUCUGGACACCUGCGCCUCCCUCUCCUCAAGGAGUUUGGUCCAUAAGAGAUGAUUUACAAGUCCCUUCUUCUCCCUAUUUUCCUGCCUACGCUCAAGGACCGCCUCCUAUGGUUCAAGAGCGUUUCCACAGUAUCAUUUCCCAACUCUUCCAAUAUAGGAUUAUUCGUUGUGGUGGUGCUGUGGAUGAUGAUAUGGCCAACAUCAUCGUUGCUCAGCUUCUUUACCUUGAUGCCGUUGAUCCUACUAAGGAUAUUGUCAUGUAUGUGAAUUCUCCUGGUGGCUCUGUUACUGCUGGCAUGGCUAUCUUCGAUACUAUGAGGCAUAUCCGACCUGAUGUCUCCACUGUUUGUGUUGGUCUUGCUGCUAGUAUGGGAGCUUUUCUGCUUAGUGCUGGAACCAAAGGAAAAAGAUACAGUCUACCAAACUCAAGGAUAAUGAUCCAUCAGCCGCUUGGUGGAGCUCAAGGUGGCCAGACCGAUAUCGACAUUCAGGCAAAUGAAAUGCUGCACCACAAGGCCAACCUAAACGGUUACCUCGCUUACCAGACUGGUCAAAGCCUGGAGAAGAUAAACCAAGACACUGACCGUGAUUUCUUCAUGAGUGCUAAAGAGGCAAAAGAUUAUGGACUUAUCGAUGCUGUCAUCAUGAACCCUCUUAAAGCUCUUCAGCCACUUGCACCUGCUUAAGAGCCUCAAGGUAAUACUUCAGCUUAGUAGCCCUUUUAUGAACUGAUGGAAAUCAGAUUUGUUUGGGAUCAAAAUCAGUAGUAUCUGUGAUACAUUUAUGAAGAACAAAGUAAAGUUUUCUUGCUGUUUGGUUGAAUAACAUUGGCCUUCAAGGAAUGUUUUUACCCUUUGUAAUCGUAUUAUUGGCCCAUUUUAAUCUCAUUGUAUCAAUAUUCUAGUUUCACACC